AUGCAUAUCUAUCUAUCUAUCUAUCUAUCUAUCUAUCUAUCUAUCUAUCUAUCUAUCUAUCUGUGUGUCCUUUCAUUUCGUUAUUUGUCCAUUACAUAUUUAGAUGACGCCAGACUGGGCCAUGUUGUAGCUGAUGCUGUCAGGAAUAUCAAAUCUCCAUUUACAGGUUGUGUCAUUCAUAGUCGUAUGCAAAUCUAUCUAUCUAUCUAUCUGCCUCAUUCUUUACAUAUCUAUCGCAUUCUUUUCAUAUCUCUUUGUCUGUCUAUCUAUCUAUCUCAUUCUUUUAUAUCUCUCUGUUUGUCUAUCUAUCUAUCUAUCUCAUUAUUUUCAUAUCUAUCUCAUUUUUUCAUAUCUAUCUAUCUCAUUCAUUUCAUAUCUAUAUAUCUAUUUCAAUCUCUUCAUAUCUAUCUCUCAUUAUUUUCAUUUCUUUCUAUCAUUCUUUUCACGUCUCUAUCUCAUUCAUAUACAUGUAUAUAA